AUGGAGAAGGUUGUCCUCUCAGCAGCAACAGUGCUGAUUCUCCUGACCUCAGCUGGAAAUUCUGCAAUGCUGAGCGACAUCCUCCUUACCACUAAAACUCCUGCUCUGUCAAACUCCUCUCUGACCACACUGAUCAGCAAUGACAGUAUGGAGGAACCUCGCGUUCUGCACUCACAUAAACCAUGUGGAAGCGAAGAUGAAAACUAUUGUGAGAAUGGUGGAAAGUGCAUGUUCCCUCAAGACAGUGAAAAACCUUUCUGCAUCUGCACGUCUUCGUACAGUGGGCCUCGCUGCCUCUUCUUCCUCGAUAACAGCCGCUCUCUGGCUGAUCUGGAGGGACUGAUGGGUAUCAUUUUUGGGGUUCUCAUGCUGAUCAUUUUCCUGGCCAUCUUAUUCUACUGCUUUGCCUAUAAGAGGUGUAUAAAAUCAGCACCACUCAUAAAAUCUGCCCCGUCUGAGUCAUCAGUGUGAUACAACAACUUUCUACUGUUCAUCAUCUACAUCGUCUUCACCUUCACUCUCAGUAUGAGUAUGACUCUUCGGGGAAUCAUGAACCAAACAUUUCAACAGAAGACUAAUCAAGCAGUUCAAACGGACUGACAUGUGUCCGACACCUAUGGUCAGACCUGGAGCGGAAUAUUUAUGUAAAACAGGCUUAGAUAUUAAUGACUUUAUUGUCCUUGAAAGAAAAAAAUUAUAAUUUAUUGUUAUAUUGGUGUUAACUUAUUCCCAGUGUUCAAUUUAUUUAAAAUG